AUGGCGAGCCUCGCAAGGGGCUUCUGCCUCCCGGGCCUACGGCCCCUCCUCGUUCCUCGCGCCGAGCCUCUGCUCCUUCGAUCCCGCUUCUUUUCUACUUCCCUCCGCCGGGCUGCUGAGCCUAUAAGAUCUUCACGGUCACCAAAUGCAUCAAGGGUUGCCGCCGCCGCCGCGGCGUCCAAGAUUGCUCCUAGUCGAUACGCCUUUAUCAAGAGCCUGACUUCUAAACCAACACCCACGGUCCUCUAUGAGGGUCCAUCGCACUUUUGGUUCUACUUCGGUUGCUGGUCCAGUGGACUAUCUCUGAUUGCUUGGACGGGUCUCACUGCGCCGUAUGCUGUGCAGCAACCUGAGGGUGUCCCACAAUGGAUCGGGCUGGUCUUUGGCACAGCUUAUCUGCUCCUCGCGUCUAUGGGAACAUUCAUGAUCACGAAAACACCAAAUAUUGUCGGGCAAAUCCGUAUUCUUCCUGCACAGGCAUCCAAGCUCGCUGCCGCUACGCCGGGGCCUACUCCCAUACAAAUGGAGCUCACUGUCAAGCGAAUGGUCCCAAUGCUUAAGCCCAAGGUCGUUGUCGCUCCCCUGAAUGAGGUCACCAUCGCAUCUCGGUUUUCGCUACCAGAGGAGUACGUGCCUGGGCUACGGCGCAUCGAGUUGGAGCAAAAGACAGAGGCGCAGCGCAAAGCAUUGCACAAGUUUGAUAUGCAGCACCUGUUCACAAUGCCGUUCCGAAGAAUGGGUCGAGCCGUGUCUGCCAUGUUCAACGGUGUCAAGUCUGCCUGGACUGACAUGGGAUUCGGCAUCAUAAUUGUCGAUGGCAAGAAGUACAAGGUGGAUGUGACCAAAGGUUACGCUCAUGACGGAUUCAAGACGUUGGAGAAGCUUGUGGAAAUCAAGUCUUAA